UUGAUAAGAGAAAGGGGCGGUGGAAGGCGUCGGCUAGUUGGAUGGAUAGAUCCAGUUGGAUUCGUUUGUGGGAGGCGAAUAUUCCCCCGAAGCUGAAGGUCUUUGUUUGGCAAAUUUUGAAUCGAAUCCUCCCCACCACUGAGGCCCUUAUAGAUCGUAAGGUCCCUAUCCUUCCUCGGUGUCCUGUCUGUUGGGGUGGCCCGGAAACCAUGGAGCAUCUGUUUCUGGAUUGUCCUGUUGCGCGUGUGCUUUGGGGUUAUGCGGGGCUCGAAUACUUAGGGGAGGGGUUGCCUCGGCAUACUUUCCCUCUGUUUCUUAAGCGUUUGCUGCCCUUAAUUCAGCAGCCGACGCUCCUCAUGGCAGUUGUCUCGGUCCUUUGGCGCAUCUGGAGGUCUAGAAAUUGGGUGGUGUUUGAAGGAAAGCAGUUUGGAUUCCCCGCUUUGAUGAGACAGUUUUCCCAGCAGUAUGAGGAAUGGGUGGGGUUGCCGGCGGAUGCGCCCUCCAUGCCUUCCCCCCGAUGAGCUCUCCACCAGGUGUGUUGGGCCAGGCUGCUGGGGUUGUUUGUCUGUGGGAUGGGGCUACCAGGAAGGGAUCACAUUCAGCAGGUGGUAUGGUUCUUCGGUCUCCGUCUGGGGGUGUGCUUAUGGCUAAAGGGAUCCAGUUCCCGGGGAUUGAUGACCCAACCAUGGUGGAGCUGCUUGUGCUCCGGGAGGCUAUCGCUUGGUGUUUAGGCCAGGGCUUCACGGGGAUGAGGUUUGAAGGGGAUGCCAAGGUCAUUAUUGAUAAAACCAACUGUAAGGAUGCUAGUGAUAGCCGGAUGGGUGCUGUUUUGGAAGAAGUUUUACAAUAAUUUUGUAGCAACCCUGGGCUUAGUGUGCGAUUUGUAGGUCGGCGUAGUAAUAGGGUAGCCCAUUUGGUGGCUAGAAAAGCCCCCUCUUUGUACCCGACUACGAGUCGUUUCUUUGAUUUUCGAGCCUGGCUGGGGUCCAGGAUUUAACUAUCUAUGUUUUGGUAUCAAUAUAUGAUUAUCUUUUGUCAAAAAAAAAAAACAAUUGAGUAAUUUCCGUCACAAAAAAGUUAAAUAUAGUCCUCAAAAUUCUUACUCUGUCUUAAGACUCUUAACAAAUCAGAACCCAAAAUUCAAUAUCGAAAGAUAACAAUGAAAAGAAACAUGCAACUCAAUUUCCAGUGCAAUCGAAACUUGAAAGAAAUAGAGGAAGGUACGUCCAAUUUUGAAUACGACCUAGAUGAAAGUCUAGUGGGCGUGUCAUGUUGGCUUGCAACGUAAAAUCAGGUUAUAAAAUUGAAAUGAACAUGAACAGAGUUUUCAUUAUUGGUUAAAUUAGAGUUAUCACUGUUCUAACCAAUUCAUCAACAAAUUUCGCAAUUGAAAGAAGAAAAAAAAAACAUAUUCCAGGGUAUCAAUUCCUAAAUAUACAAUCAAAUCACACUUUAAUUUACUUAUCACCAUAAAAAAUUACAACAAAUUUCAUUUUGGGUUCCUAUACUAUUGCUUCACCUUCACCCGCUUCAUUAUUUUCACCAGUAACAAACGCCAUCAACUACUCCACUAUCUAGCCCAUAAACAUUUUAUUUCUUCUCAAUAUUGUAACUAAAUCUCCAUCACCGACUCUUACCUUCUUUAUUAAAAAAAAAAUUAAAAUGAAAAAUAAGAAGUAAAAUACUAUGGAGUUUACUAAAUCUUACAUGGAAAAGGUUAUUACAAUUUAAGAUUGCUAAUGACCUUUAUAAAGAGAUUAUAAAUAAUAUAUGAAGUUUCUUAAUAUUCGUAUAUAUUAUAAAUAUUGCAUUCUAAAGUCAAAAAGACUCUUAUUGAUAUUACUAUAGUUGAAUUAGGAGGACUAUUAUUAUAUUGUUUACCGUGGUGUUUAUUGAUGUUUUUUAUUAUAAAGUAUAAGGACCUUUUUUUUUAUCAUAACAGUUGGCCGGAUACGUUUUAUCAUGAUACAAACAACAAUAGUAAUUUUUUGAAACAAAAUACAUUUUCAUUUUAGUUUAUAAAAGAGUAAUUUUUAAAUAUUGCACAAAUAAAAACACAUGGAUCAUAAAUUGAAAAUGGAUCAUAAAUUUUUCUGACAUCCUAACUGAUUCAUCAACUAAGUCUUGUAAGAGAAUCAACUCCAAAAAAUUCUUCCAAAUCACACUCCAAUUAGAAAUUACUACAUAUUUUGUUUUGGAUUUCGCAAUUGCUUCAUCAUUAUCAUUAUUAUCCUCACCAAUACCGGUUUCUUCCUUCCUCUUCUACAUUUCAAUGAAAGCAAAUAUAUGAUAUUUGCUCUUUCUCACUAAUAAUUGUCCCUCCUUUAUUCUCCACAACAUCUUAUCUCUAUCACAGAAUGUACAACCUUGAUCAUUAUUAGAAGAUUAUUCCUUCUUCCCCUAAAUUUAAUUUCAUUGCAAUCAAGAACUUAAUUGUAUUAUAUUUACAAAAAUAUGAAACACCAUUUUUUUAUCAAAUUAGAAAGAAAACAUCUUCCUAAAUUUUUGUUCAUACUAUCUUACUUAUUGCUACAUAUCACAUGCACAAAUAAACGUUCAUCUAAAUGAAUCACUAAAACCUUUUAAAGUUAAUUUGAAUGUGAUUGCAAGUUUUUUUUUGCUUACAACCAGAGUUACCAAACAAAAAGUUUAUAUUUUCACGCGGGCAUGUCUAUGAUGAUUUGGCCAAACUCCAAAUAAAAUAUAAUGAGAGUC